UUCGUGGUUUUUAAAGUCAGCAGGCCUCACUCUGUCGUUUCCGCUUCACGCAUACACACGGCUGUCUCUGUUUCCCCUGAACUUUUCCUUUCAUAUUCUGCAAUUCGAUUCUUUUCUCUGCAAUCCAAAGAUCCCCGCAUUGUUCGAGUUUUUAUUUCAUGGACGCUCUCUUGCAUUCGAUCACCCCCAAUUUCGCUCUCCCGCGCCGCGACUCUCACCCCUCUUAUGGACUUCCGGGCUUGAACUCUCCUUGCCGGCGAUCAAACUCAGCCCAUGUCGCUAAGAAACUCCUUGUGUCUGCUGCGACCGAAAAGCGGGGCCCCGACCUCGACUUCAACGAUCCUGAUUGGAAGUCCAAGUUCCAGAAGGACUUCGAGAGGCGCUUCAACAUUCCUCACAUCACGGACAUUUUCCCCGAUGCCAUCUCAAUUCCAUCCACUUUUUGCCUCAAAAUGAGGACACCGGUGUCAGAAGACUUUGCAGGAGGUUAUCCAUCCGACGAGGAGUGGCAUGGUUACAUAAAUAAUAACGACAGGGUUCUUCUUAAGGUCAUUAACUACACGUCACCUACAUCUGCCGGUGCGGUGUGCAUUGAUCCUGAUUGUACUUGGGUAGAACAAUGGGUUCAUCGUGCUGGGCCUCGGGAGAAGAUAUACUUCAGGCCCGAAGAGGUGAAAGCAGCGAUUUUAACUUGUGGGGGGCUGUGCCCUGGUCUCAAUGACGUCAUCAGACAGAUUGUCGUCACACUCGAAAUAUAUGGUGUGAAAAAGAUUGUUGGGAUUCCCUUUGGUUAUCGUGGAUUUUCUGACAAAGAAUUAACUGAAAUGCCGCUGUCGAGGAAAGUGGUUCAGAACAUCCAUCUUUCUGGUGGAAGCUUGCUAGGCGUUUCACGAGGAGGACCUCCCAUAAGUGAAAUCGUGGACAGUAUGGAGGAAAGAGGAAUCAACAUGCUCUUUGUGUUGGGUGGGAAUGGCACGCAUGCUGGGGCCAAUGCGAUACACAAUGAGUGCCGUAAAAGACAGAUGAGGGUGGCUGUAGUUGGUGUGCCAAAAACUAUAGACAACGAUAUACUGCUGAUGGAUAAAACUUUUGGUUUUGAUACUGCUGUGGAAGAAGCACAAAGAGCAAUAAACUCUGCAUACAUAGAGGCACACAGUGCUUAUCAUGGAGUUGGCAUUGUGAAAUUGAUGGGUCGCAGCAGUGGAUUUAUAGCUAUGCAUGCAUCACUAGCUAGUGGCCAAGUUGAUAUAUGCUUGAUUCCCGAGGUACAUUUUAAUUUGCACGGGCCUCAUGGCAUUCUGCGGCAUCUGAAAUACCUGAUUGAGACAAAGGGCUCAGCUGUUAUCUGUGUUGCAGAGGGAGCAGGGCAGGAUUUUCUUCAGAAAACUAAUGCUAAAGAUGCAUCUGGGAACACUGUACUCGGAGAUAUUGGUGUACACAUUCAGCAAGAGAUAAAAAAAAAAUUCAAGGGGAUUGGUAUUCCAGUUGAUGUGAAGUAUAUUGAUCCAACGUACAUGAUCCGUUGUGGACGUGCAAAUGCAUCAGAUGGAAUUCUAUGCACUGUACUAGGGCAAAAUGCUGUUCAUGGCGCAUUUGCAGGAUAUAGCGGCAUUACAGUAGGCAUAUGCAACACUCAUUAUGUCUACCUUCCAAUUCCUGAGGUCAUUUCUUAUCCCAGGUUGGUGGACCCCAACAGUAGAAUGUGGCAUCGUUGCUUGACUUCAACAGGCCAGCCUGACUUUAUCUGAUAAACUAAGCUAGUCUUAUUUACGCUGAGAGGCUUGAAAAAUAUAAGCUUCCAAAGAGUAGAAUUUAGGAACACUUCAGAAGGUUCAUUGUUACUCUGCACACUCCAUGCAAUAAUACCAGAGGAUGGCAUUUCCUCCACCAUUGAAUUUUUGUUUAAGAGUGUAGAGCAUUACUUUUCUCGGAUUCCUUUCAUAAUAAAGUUCCUGAAGAACCACCAAGCAUUUUAUGCAUA